UAUUUAUCAAAAUAUAAGUUUACGUCUUCUCUGUCUUCUCUCACGUCUCACGCGCCGAAACCCUAAACCGUCGCCGCCGCCGCCUUCUUCUUCGACAGCGUGCCCCUUGAGCUGCCCGAUCAGGCCACGCCGGAGCGCCUCCGACUUCGUUGUCCGAUUCAUCCGGAUGUAUUACCGUUAUAACGUCCGAGAACGGAGUUUCAGAGCAAGCCACGUUAUUUACCGAAACUUUGGAACGGCGUGAGGCGUUCCCGUUCCGGAACACCCGUUCCGGCCGUUCCACGUCCGUUCCGACGAGCCAGUCGUUCAUCCUCUCAGGAAGCAUUCGCGACAGCAGGUGACAGCAUCUAUCCACCGUACUCCCGAUUCCCUGGGCCGGCGACUAUCGACAGAACGGGAAACUAGUGCUGCAUCUAGGUGAAAGUCCUAGUUCCAACACUGCGGCAAUGAACUCCUUGCUGCCCCCAAUGACUGCCACCAACUGUCUAGCAAACACUGGCCACCCACUUUUAGCUCGACGAAACCGCUGGCAGCUCCCUCCACUAGUUUGUAGUGUCAUAAGCCAUUCGCAACUCACAUCCAAUGUUGCGGUGAAUCCUGGCCGGUCUUUCCCUAUUCUGGUAAACGGAUGCACUGGAAAAAUGGGGAAAGCAGUUGCAGAGUCUGCACUUUCUGCUGGGCUUCAACUACUUCCUGUGUCAUUUAGUAGCGUCGAGAAACCUGGUAGAAAUAUAAAAGUUGGCUCUACUGAGAUUCAGAUACAUGGUCCGUCUGAAAGAGAAAGUCUUCUGUCGUCUAUCAUUCAGGAGAAUCCUGACCUUAUUGUGGUGGAUUAUACAGUGCCUGAUGCUGUAAAUGCAAAUGCUGAUCUUUACUGUAAACUUGGUGUGCCAUUUGUAAUGGGGACAACUGGCGGGGACAGAUAUAUGUUGUACAAAACAGUUCAGGAUGCAAAUGUCUAUGCAGUUAUCUCUCCACAAAUGGGGAAGCAGGUUGUAGCAUUUCUUGCGGCAAUGGAAAUCAUGGCAGAUCAAUUUCCUGGAGCAUUUUCUGGUUAUUCUCUAGAGGUGAUGGAGUCGCAUCAAGCUAACAAAUUGGAUACUUCAGGUACAGCUAAAGCUGUCAUAUCAUGUUUUCAGAAGCUUGGCGUCAAUUUCGACUUGAAUCAGAUUAAACAGAUCAGAGAUCCUAAGAAGCAAGUUGAGAUGGUGGGUGUCCCUGAAGAGUACCUUGCAGGUCAUGCAUUCCAUUUGUAUCAUCUCACAUCACCUGACCAAACUGUUUCUUUUGAGUUCCAGCAUAAUGUCUGUGGUCGCUCGAUCUACGCUGAGGGUUCCAUUGACGCUGCUAUUUUUCUGCAUGAGAAGGUCAAGUCAAAGGCUGAAAAAAGAAUAUAUGACAUGAUUGACGUCUUGAGGGAGGGAAACAUGCGAUAAUCGUCUGCCAUUUUUAUUCGUUUUGCUUGGAGACUAGUAGAGGUUAUCGGAACAUGGUGAUUUGACUGUCCAGAAUUGCCUAGAUCAGCCAGACCAAUUCACUCA